AUGUCGGAGCACAAAGACGUGCGGCCCAUAGCACUCUUGCCUCCCAAAACACCCAUCACGGCCAUCGACCCCAAGUUCGUCUUGGCCCAGCCCGUGCGCCUCAGGAUCCGCCACCGUCCAGACGCUGGCGAGUGCAUCAUCCGAGACGAGCUCACGGGCGCACCGUACUUUAUCAUGGACCCUACUUUCUGGUCGAUGCACGACCGCAAGCUCCUGCGCGACGCGACCGGCGCCGAAGUUGCAGCGAUCGAGUCGCGAACGUUUACGCCUGGACGCAGCGACGUGCUACGAACCAAUGGUCACGGCAAGGCGACAUCGUUUCUACUUCGCUUUGACGUCUCUGUGGCCUUGGGCAAUGUCGAGGUCAAGUGCGAAUUUCAAGACGUCGUCACGAAGAUGCGCCGCGUCUUUGCGGCCACGGGUGGCGCCGGAUCGUCGGUCGUUCUCUACUCCAAUGGCCGGCCGAUUGCUAAGUGGCUCAAGGAUUGGUCGUUCAGUGACGGCGGCUACGUUUUCUUGGACGUGUCGCCCGGCGUCGACUUGGCGCUCAUUGUGCUUUUGUGCACGUCCAUGGUCAAAGCUUCCGAGAAGUGGGCAUUUCGGUGA